CUUGGAAGUGACGGCGCUGUGUAGCUGUUUUGUCGGACGGAGCGUAACUUUACGGCUGCUUCGGGUGUGGCUUUAAACGUGAGAAAUCUGUGCGCGAGGCGGAUAGAACGCGGCUGACGACGAACCUGCGCGCGCGCGCGUCAGACACAGACAGACAGACAGAAGGUAAACCAUUCCUCUCCUGUGAGAAGUAUCGAGAGUGAGUCCAGCAGCUUAACCCUGCCGCUGGGAUCGGUGUGCUCGAUUCAACAGCUGGAAUAAUAGUGUGAAUGUGGUCCGAACCGCGCUGACGCUGCCCCGGUGGUCUGCUCCAAGGACUCGGUUCAGGUCCAGAAAGGAAAAGUUCGCUUUUUUCCCCCCCAGAGACACAGACAGCGGAACUCGGGUUUACCUAUGUUGACCCACUGAGUAACUAACGGGUCUUUCGGUGGAAACUAAAAUCGUUCGCUACUUCUUCUCCAAGUUUAAACCUUUGAAGGAACGAGUUUUUUUCUUCUUUUUCCCCAUUUUUUGUUCUUUUUAAGAGUUAGUCGCGCUUGCGGAUGAGCAGAACCCAUCCGCUUUCGUUCGUCGCAUCUCAUUAGGGGAAGUCAAGUCGCCUUGCUCAACUCGAGCGCUCGCGCCUUGCCUAAAUUACCGGAGGAGGGGGGGCCGUUCGGACUCCGUGGUUGAAUACUUUUUCUCCAGGUGUGUUUCCCCCGUCAGCUGCAGACCUGAAGCGCGCACUGGGAACCAUGGGCUGUACUGUGAGCCAGGAAGACAAAGCCGCGGCCGACAGGUCUAAAAUGAUCGACAAAAACCUGCGAGAAGAUGGAGAGAAGGCGGCGAGGGAAGUGAAACUGCUCCUGCUGGGUGCCGGGGAGUCGGGGAAGAGCACCAUUGUGAAGCAGAUGAAGAUUAUUCAUGAAGAUGGUUAUUCAGAAGAUGAGUGUAAGCAAUACAGAGCAGUUGUUUACAGCAACACCGUCCAGUCCAUCAUGGCUAUCAUCAAAGCCAUGACCAUCCUGCAUCUCGACUAUGAACGCCCUGAGAGAGAGGAAGAUGCCAAACGGCUCUUUAAGAUGGCUGCAGAAGCAGAGGAGCGGGGCGACCUCCCUGAAGAGUUGGCUAACAUUAUCAAGGACCUGUGGGCCGAUUCUGGCAUCCAGCAUUGCCUCACACGAGCUCGGGAGUAUCAACUCAACGACUCUGCCGCCUACUACCUGAAAGAUCUGGAGAGGAUAAGCAAGCCAGACUACAUCCCCACACAGCAGGACGUGCUGAGAACUCGUGUGAAGACCACCGGCAUCGUGGAAACGCACUUCACCUUCAAGGACCUGCAUUUCAAGAUGUUUGAUGUGGGGGGCCAGCGGUCAGAGAGGAAGAAGUGGAUCCACUGCUUCGAGGGAGUCACUGCCAUCAUUUUCUGCGUGGCCAUGAGUGCGUACGACCUGGUUCUGGCUGAGGACGAGGAGAUGAACCGGAUGCACGAGAGCAUGAAGCUGUUUGACUCCAUCUGCAACAACAAGUGGUUCACAGAGACCUCCAUCAUCCUCUUCCUCAACAAGAAGGAUCUGUUUGAGCAGAAGAUUGCCCACAGCCCUCUGACCAUCUGCUUCCCCGAGUACGAAGGACCCAACACGUACCAGGAGGCCCAGGCGUACAUCCAGACCAAGUUUGAGGAUCUAAACAAGAAGAAGGAAACCAAGGAAAUCUACACCCAUUUCACCUGCGCCACUGACACCAAGAACGUGCAGUUUGUCUUUGAUGCCGUCACCGAUGUCAUCAUCAAGAACAACCUGAAGGACUGCGGCCUCUUCUGAAAACAAGCUGCAGAAAUGCUCAAGCUUACUUGAACAGUUCUGAUGAGCGUCAUUUGACCGUACAUGCAUCAUGAUGUCACCGCCUGACCACCACAUCUGCUUUGACCUGCUUUUUCUAAAGACACCUGAGAGACUACAAACCCUGACGAGCACUGCAGAUUUUCAACAAUCACUCAUCCAGUCGCUCGGGUUAACACCUCUUUGGACGACGACCACCAAAAACAAAACAAAAAAAACAAACCUUUUGUUGUUCUUUUUCUGUAUGUUCAGUUAUUGGAAGAGGGAAAGACAAACUGUUUUCUAUAAAUGCAUUCCUUUUAUUUUAGGAGAUUCCGAUGGUCAAAAUAAUAAACUUUUAAUUAGAUAAGAACUGUUUUUAAGAGGUGAAGCACAUGCACGGACAGAACAACAAUGCAUGUGUGGAUAGGGAUUUCUUUUAAUGAUGUUUCCAUCAGUUCUUCAUUCAUAGCCAAACUAUCGUUGUGCGUGAUUCCACAUGACCAAUAUUACAUUCUGCAGGAUUCCUCUAAUAUUUCCUCCAAAUGAUUUUUAAAAAAAUGUUUUUAAGUUGGUUGUUUUUUUUUACUGCUUUACCUGCAGGGAGGAAUUCCGGCAAAUUUCUAAUGUGUAUUUAAAAAUGUGUGUACUUACCCUUCUAUCACUUUUUAAAGCAUCAUAUCUAUUUCUACUGCAGUAUGUUUGUGCCUUUACUUCUGUUUACAACCAGUUUUUUUUUCUUUUUCUUUCUUUCACCUAUGAAAAUAUGAUUGUUAAUGAAAGACUAAAAUUUA